AUGAAGAUCGAUAUGUCCGCUUCUUUCCUCAAUUCAUCGGCGCCAUUGCUUCUAAUUGCACAGUUUGCGACCGCUUUUGAUAUUCCAACUCUACCACUGAGCACCGAUGCCUCUUUCAACUUCGAAUUACUCAUUCCUCUGAGUUCCGCCACAACCGGCGGUGGUGACAUUGCUGAAGUUCUUUCGGCUGCCAAGAAUAUCAAGGCUGGCGAUUUUGAGUCCUUCAGUCUGACUUUUUGGGAACUUGCCGACCGGACCAAAACCCGUGCUCUGGAAGAGGAGAUUGCCUACGAUCCCAUCAAUGUUCGAGACUCCUGGUUCUCUGCCGCCAAAUACUUUCGCCGGGCCGAUUUUUAUCUCCAUGGAGACUGGGACGAUCCACGUAUGAAUAUUCUGUGGGCGGAACAGACGACGGCGUUUGACAAAGCCAUCCACUCGCUACCUGUACCUGGCGAACGGGUGAAAAUCCCAGCAGAUGGCUUCACCAUCGAGGGAAUUUGGUAUGCUGCCUCCUCUGACACCGCCCAGGCGCAGACUAUGGUCCUCACAAAUGGGUACGAUGCCUCGCAAGAAGACAUUUACCACCAAUACGUCGCUGCUGCACUAGCUCGCGGAUGGAACUGCUUCACGUUUGAAGGUCCAGGGCAGGGCUCCGUUCGUCGGGAUCAGAAUAUUGGGUUUAUUCCGGACUGGGAACGUGCUGUGUCGCCCGUCGUGGACUAUCUCUUGGUCGAAAAGGCGGCACUAGUUGAUCCUAAGCGUCUCGUCCUGCUAGGAAACUCAAUGGGUGGAUAUCUAGCUGCCCGUGCCGCCGCGUUUGAGCACCGGUUCGCGGCCAUCGUGCUUGACGGGGGCAUAUGA